CGGGACAACUCCACCAUGGGCUACAUGAUGGCCAAAAAGCACCUGGAGAUCAACCCUGACCACCCUAUUGUGGAGAUGCUGCAGCAGAGGGCUGAGGCAGACAAGAAUGACAAGGCAGUCAAGGACCUUGUGGUGCUGCUGUUUGAAAACUCCCUGCUCUCUUCUGGCUUUUCCCUUGAGAAUCCCCAAACCCACUCCAACUGCAUCUACUGCAUGAUCAAGCUAGGUCUACGUAUCGAUGAAGAUGAAGUGGCAGCAGAGGAACCCAGUGCUGCAGUUCCUGAUGAGAUCCCCCCUCUUGAGGAUGAUGAGGAUGCGUCUCGCAUGGAAGAAGUAGAUUAGGGGUUCGUAGUUGGAAAACUGCCCUUGUAUAGUGUCCCCAUGGCUCCCACUGCAGCCUCGAGUGCCCCUGUCCCACCUGGCUCCCUACGCUGAUGUCUGGUAUUUUUUUUCUCUCCUGUCCUUCUGUUGAAGGCAGGAAACAAGGGUGUCAAGCCCCCAUUCUUUCCCUACUCUGACAGCAGGAUUGGAUGUUGUGUAUUGUGGGGCUUUUUUUGUUUGUCUGUUCAUUUUGUUCUGAAAUUAAAGUAUGCAAAAUAAA